AUGGCGUCCAUCUCCUCGAACACCGAGGUCGCUUCUCAAAGUGAGCAGCAUGUCGUGGAGCACGCGGAUAAUACCGCUCGGUCCUGGUCUGCUCGAUCUAUCUAUCGGUCGAUCCCCUUCCAGAUCGCCAUCGCUAGUGGUGUCUCUUUCACGGCCCCUGGUAUGUGGGAUGCCAUGAACAACCUUGGAGCUGGUGGUGCUGCAGAGCCUUACGCUGUUUCGGCUGCCAACGCUUUGGUCUACGGCUUGUUCGCUAUCGUCUGUGUCUUGGCCGGAGCUAUCAACAACCGUAUCGGUCUUCGAUUCGGUUUGGUUAUUGGAGCUAUUGGUUACCCCAUCUACGGCGCUGGUCUCUACACCAACAAUGUUUCUCCGACAACGUGGUUUAUGCUAUUCGGUAGCGCACUCUGUGGUAUCUCGGCGGGUUUCUUCUGGGCUGCUGAGGCUGCUAUUAUCAUUGGAUACCCAAGCCCUAAAGAUCGUGCUUUCUACCUUGCUAUCUGGCAAACUGCCAAGGCCGCUGGCCCAAUCAUUGGUGGUGCGAUCAGUCUUGGCCUCAACGCCAAGAACUCGUCGCAGGGAACGAUCAGCUCAGGAACUUAUAUCGUGUUUGUCGUGAUUAUGUGUCUUGGACUUCCCAUCGCGCUCUGUCUGAGCCCCGCUGAGAAAGUGCAGCGCAAGGACCGCACUUUGGUCUUGGUGCACAAGCAAGCUACCUGGGGCGCCGAAUUCAAGGCAGCCCUGAAGUUGAUUGCCACACGCCGUGUCCUUCUGCUUCUUCCAGCAUUCUUCAUCAGCUACUUUUACAACGCGUUCCUGAGCACCUGGUUGACCGACUACUUCACCGUCCGAUCCCGCGCUUUCUCGUCCUUCUUCACCAACUUUGCCGGUAUUGCUUCUUCCUUCUUGAUUGCGACUCUGCUCGACCGUCAAUCCAUCAACAUCAAGACUCGUGCCAAGGCUGGCUUCUUGGCUAUUGUGAUUAUCCUGGCCGGCACUUGGAUUUGGGCUUGCAUUCUGCAGAACCAGUUCUAUAACGCGCCGACAACACCUGUCUUCGAUUGGUUCACUGGAGGGUUUGGAAAGUCGUACGCUCUUGUCUUUUUCUGGACUUUCGGAGGCCAGGCCUUCCAGCAAUAUCUUUACUGGCUCGUGGGCCAAUACAGCACUGAUAUCUCGUCCUUAUCGUACCACUGCGGAAUUCUGCGUGGAUUCGAAGCUCUGGGACAGACAGUUGCCUGGGCUAUGCAAUCCGAGGGAAAUGCCAAUCACUUCGUUAGCAUCGGUCUUAAUUUCGGUAUCACGAUGCUGUGCAUUGUGCCUACCUGGAUGGUUCUUUCUGAACUUGACCACAGCCAUGAAGUGGUAGUUACUGUCGAUGAUGUACCGACUAAAGUACAUGAUGAUGAUACCCAAGCUUAA